AUGACGAUGAUUCCAUGGGGUGGAAUAAGUUGCUGUUUGAGUGCAGCUGCUCUAUACCUCCUUGGCAGAAGCAGUGGCAGGGAUGCUGAGCUUCUGAAAUCUGUAACAAGGGUCAAUCAAUUGAAGGAGCUGGCACAACUGUUAGAUGCGAAAAUCUUACCCUUGGUUGUUAGCAUUUCUGGGAGAGUCAGCUCUGAAACCCUAAUUCACUGUGAGUUUAGUGGUUUAAGAGGAGUAAUAGUUGAAGAAACGGCAGAGCAACAUUUUCUUAAACACAAUGAUGCAGGUUCAUGGAUACAAGAUUCUGCUUUAAUGCUAUCCAUGAGUAAAGAAGUUCCUUGGUAUCUGAUAAUGGAUGAUUCAACCUCAGAUUCUCAGAUGAAUCAGGGCAAAGUGGAUUAUGAAUUUGAAUCUAACGAAGUUUCUGAGGUUUGA